CCGUGUGUACAGUCCGCUGCGAUGAGUGAAUCCGCUGCUCAGUAUUUGAAGCGAUGUCACGUGCUGACAUAUCUCCAGGAUUCUAUUGCUCAAUUACUGGAACAUCGAGAACACAAUUCAAGAGCCAAUCCCAUGAGAUCUAGAAGACAGACAGACAGAUGGACAAUGAUAUCAGAGUCAAGUCUUUUGAUGUGUUUGUACAGGUUCGUAGCAGAUUACUUUGUUGGUGUUCAGCAUGGAACUCAGUUGUUGUUUAGGGAAUUUUUCUUUGUGAAGGCUACACCUCAAUAUCGUCUCUCUCUUGUAAAACUAUUUUAUGACUGUUUCAAACCUAUCGGUCAUCGAGGAGACCUUCUCAACAUCAGGGAAUACCAUUCUCUUGUCACUCUCAUUUGUCCUGAUUUUCCUCUUGAAAUUAUUCAGAAAACGGCUCAAUUUAUAUUAACUGAUGAUGCGAUGGAGUGCUUGGUGGCUUUUUAUGACUUUAUUUAUGCCUUUCCAGUGCAAUUUCUAUAUGAAGAGUUUCUGAAGAUAGACUUUCUAAGUGUAAGCAGACUGCUUGCCUUAGAGCGUUAUUACACAACAACUGGUUCUCAGAUUAUUGGAGUAGGUUGUUAUAGCUAAA